UUUGCUAUUUUUAGUUAUUUCAGGAGUGCGGAGAGUCAGCAACAAUAAACACUGACCUUCAACACAUGCCCAGUAACAAGAGGUCUGUUUCCAAAAAAUGCUGCUACUGGCAGGUUUUGUGGCGCACACGUUACUAUACAUAUUUCAGUACGGAAGAUGUUGUAGUGAUGGAUUCACAGUUGACAUAGCUAGCGAGCACAAAUCUACCCCACACGAAGUUCCUUUCAUACAAUCAAGCUGAAUCAUUGCUCCUGCCUUGUAGCAGCAUGAGCCCAAAUCCCAUACAAAUUGCUACAUUUCUUGAACAUGGACAGAGAGCCUGUGUUUGUGCAAAGACUGAUUACGUGAUGGCUCAAAACUUCUACCAGAGGCAUGUGAAAAUGUGCACUCAGUGGUGCAUUUGUUCUAAUGUGUAGUUAAACUGUUUAUUCAGAUUUCAUUUUUUGUGUGCAUUUGUUCUAUAGCAGGAGUGACGUCUUUCUCCCUUCCCUUUUGGGUCUUCUGAGCUCUUGAUCUAUCCAUAUUACUAGUGUCUGGGAUAGAGAAGAAAAAGUUCAAAUCUGUGCAAGUCCUACUCAGAGAUGAUUCCAUAGAUCUUCAUUGAAAGAACACUGUUCUUUGCCCCAUGAGCUCCCACCGCUUUCCUUCUGAAUCAAUUGUAGCUUUGUCUGAUCCCUAAAGUUCUAAAUAGAAAUUCCAACUCUGAGGAGGAGGCUUUAGAUACCAUAAUCCCUACUGAAAGCAAGCCCAACUCUUGCACCUUCUAAGUAAAGUACUGGCAUUGCCUUCCUUCUGCCUAGAAGCCCAAAUCCCACACUAAGCCGUUUACUAGAUUCCUAGUAAAGUCCUUUCUCCAAACUUCCCUUGUUCCACUGUGAUUUACUUCACAGUUCCCUUUGUCAGUGAGACUCUUUCUUUAGGUUUUGUUAGACUUUGGUCAGCCAAUAACUAGACAGUUGCAGUAUGUAGGAUUUUUAGCUCAAACUUUUUGCAAGCAGGAGUUUAGUGUUAUUAGAAACCUGUCUUCAAGUAGUGUGUACUAAUGCAGGCGAGCUGAGGAAAUGGAAUAUACAUACAUUUAAAGGGAGACGGUUGUGAUUUUUAGCUUGUCAACUUUAACAGUGUCUCUUCAGACUGCAAGUAGCAAAGAGAUUUAGUAACAAGAAAAUAAAUAUUUCAUAAGAUGUUGAUGUCACCUUAAGGAGUUGUUUCUACUAGGGGGUUCGUUAUUUCACUUACAUUUACUGUUAUUAUGGGCAAGCUACAGUGUAAGAAUAAGUUACCAUAUCCUGGGCAAAAUUCCAGGGUGUGGCGUUAGUGCCACAAAUAAGUUAUUAGCUCAGAACAAACUCUUGCCAAACCGAUUACUGUUUAACUGUAUAGCUGCAAACAAAGUUAACAUUUUGAUCAACAGUGGUGAUUUGGGAAGCAGCUUAAAAAAAAUAUCCUGCUCCUUCACUUGUGCCCCUCAAAGCAUUACACUUCUGACGCACAUGUUGAAUGAGAAAGGUAGUUAGCGUUUCAGCAUCGUAGGAGCAUGGUUAAUAGGGGAGAUUGAGAGUCAGUAAUAUAAACCUUGUUUAUAUUUCCUACACUGCCACUGACUGGCUUUGUGACCUCAGGGAAGUUCCUUAACUUGUGUUCCAGUUUCUCAACCUUUACAGUUAGGAUACUCUUACCUAGUUUUACAAAAGCUGUGUCCAUCCAACGGUCCCCACUCAGAAAGAUUUCCCUAGCUAAGAGAUGCUGGCCUUUAGUCCUGACUCACUUGUGAUAGUGGUAGGUUGUCCUCUUGUACACUAGUUUGGAUGGAUGAUGUGCUGUAAUUUGGUACAACUAUGCUGAUCUCCAUUUGGCCCGUCCUACACUGGGACGUACCAGUGCCAUUCCCUUCUGUUCAGGAUUGCUGCAGCCCAAUACUGCUGUGUCACUGCCACAUGUUGGGUCAAGGGCCUGUUACAGUAGGAAUGCAAGAGAUGGUUCCAUGCUCACAUCACUACAUGGUGUAUGGGCAGCUGCAAGUAUAGUGGGAGAGAGCACACUGAAAUUUGAAGCUGUGCCAUAGGUCCUUCCCCUUUAGGGGAGGGGCACACAAGCAACAGUAGCCUGAGUCAGGCUCUGGCUUAGAGCCCAAGGUGUAGCUUGUUGUGCAGUUCCUAUGGAGAUUGGGGAGUACUGACCCUCAUCCAACGCAGCAGUAAUUCCAGCUUUCAUUGCAGAUUUCCAGCGGCUUGUUCAGAAGGAAAAGCAAGACGUAUCCUCUUUAGAGGGGGCUCUAACAAAGCUGGUGUAACCAAGUAUCACUAAUGGGAUGAUGACCACAGCUUAUGUAACACCAAUUCCCCACACUGUUAAACAAUGGCAACUAGAGAGUUUAGGACUCCUUGCAGAAAACACAAUGAAGUCCAUCAGAAUGUCUUCCAGUAAAAUCCAGACCACAGGGACCUUGAACACAAGGUUCAGCACUUGGACACCUAUCGCAAAUAAAUCGUUCAACAAGCAGCUCUUUGAGGAAAGACUUAGUCUCAUAAGCCAUUGGUUUGAUCUGUGGACAGACAAGCAGCGCAAACAAUUCAUCCACACAAUGUUGAUGAGAUGCAGUAAAUCACAACUAAAAUUUACCCAAAACUGGUUUGCAGAGAGGAUUCCAGUGUCCAAAGUGGAUUUCACCAGAGUGCUGCCACGUUUCAUAUCUCUGCACAUCUUCUCCUUUCUCAGUCCCAGGGAGCUGUGUGCAGCUGCUCAAGUCAGCUGGCACUGGAAGUUUAUAACCGAACAGGACUGUUUGUGGGUGCCAAAAUGUGUUAAGUUUGGAUGGUUCCUGCCCUACACUCCAGCAGACAACGAAUACAGUGCUUGGAAGCGACAUUAUAUUGCUUGUGCAUCCAGCUUAGAUUACUUCACCCCAAGACAAGCCACUGAAAUCUAUGGGACCCUCAAUGAACCAAAACCUGAAAAUGAGGAGGAGGAAGAGAGGCUAAGAGAAAAAUGGCUACGAAAAAUUAUUCAGGAGAGAUUAGCAUUACGCAAGAAGGAAUUAUUCAAAGCUCGACUGCCUUGGAUGAGUGGGACUUGGAGCUCGAGAUUCUUAAAAUCACGAUUACAGCCAAGUCAGGCGCAGGCAAUCCAGGAUAGGGCUAGACUACAGGCAAUUUUGCAACUAAUUAAGGAAAAAAGUGCUCUUUCGAAUCAUACUCUUUCAGUGCUGCUUUCUGAAGAAAUGAAACCUGUAUCAAACUUUAAUCUAGCAGCAGAAAAACAGCUUGUUUUGGCCUCCUUAAAAACUUUGCCCAAAAGAAUGAAUGUGACUGGAAGCAGAUCUGACCCUGUGUUACCUUACAAACACUGUCAGCAUGUCUACCAAAAACACGGCAGUUUUGCAUAUCCACUUGAGCCAUACCUGGUUUUGAUAUCAUCCAGGAUUCCUGCAUAUGAGAUGGUGCUGGACAGCAUCAAACCUGGGGUGAUUUCUGUGUUGUAUGAACAUUGCGGAAUGACAUUGGAAAGCCUCCUUUUUUACAUAGAAAAGGCUCUGGAUGGCCGAAAAGCAAAGAGUAUAGGGAUUUUUAGCGAUGGAAACUCCAGAGAGAUCAAUUUACUCCAAGGCUGCAGAAUCAGUAUUGAGAACAUUCUAAGUCCUGAAGUGAGGGAAUUUUGGGAGAAGCUAGGUUGUGUAAUGUCUCCAGAGGAAGGUGGUUAUGUGGACAUCUUUGUUCCUCUGGCAGCAUCAGAGGCAGGGAUGGAAGUCCUUUCCCAGCUGACUCAGCUAACUGGUAUGCUCUUCAGAACCCCCACAGGAAUUGCAACUGGAUCUUAUCAGCACAUCCUUAGUGAAUGGCUGGGAAAACAGAAGAAUGGACCUCCCACCUCCACCUACUUCACUGAAGUAAAACUACAGACCUGGCUCAGAAUGACAGAGCUCCUGGAGGACGCACUGAAAUCUGUCCGGAAGCAGAUGCGACCAUAUUUAAGUGAACUGCAGAAGAACAUUAGUGACAGGAUUAUUGGUCAGUUUAUGUUUGAUGCCACGAGCAGAGCUAAAGUACAUACUAAUCAAGAAACAGCCCAGACUUUCACUGAUGGAUUAGCUGAACUAUCAAAAAGAAGCUAUGAGGAGGAUGCAAAAGAGGCUGCCACCCAGAGCCAAAAGCCCAACUGCAACAUCAGAGCAAAUGAGCCAAAAUUUGAGGCAGUGGCUCAGUUGGAUAAAAAACUUCAGGAGGACACCGCAGACAGACGAACUAGAAUUGCCAGGGAGCUCCUGACAAGUGAGAAGAACUAUGUACACAUGCUGCAAACUGUGAGGGAUGUUUAUGUUGCACCACUGAAAGCAGCAUUAGCAUCAAAUCGAGCCAUCCUAAGUCAUGCUAAUGUUCAAAUCAUCUUCUCUGAUAUCUUGGCUGUCUUACAACUCAAUAGGCAGUUUUUAAAUGAGCUGACAGAAAGACUUCGGGAAUGGAGUCCAUCCCAGUGCUUGGGUGAAAUAUUCACUCAAUUUGGCUGGCAGCUUCAAACGUAUACAAACUUCUUCAACAACUACACUGUCAUUUUGAAAACCAUUGAUAUGUGCAGAGAGACCAUUCCUUUAUUCUGUGCCUUCCUGAAAAGACACGAUAAGACUGUCGUUACUAACAUGAUGAGCCUGCAGGAGCUGCUGCUAUGCCCUUCUAAAAGGUUUGAAGAGUAUCUUAAUCUUCUUUAUGCUCUGAGACUGCACACUCCUUCAGAACACACUGACCGUGAAGAUUUGACUGCCGCAAUCAAGAUGAUGAAACAAUACAAGGAAUACAUAGAUCAGCUAAAACUGAACAUGAGCAAAGAUGAGCAAAUGCUAAAUGCACAAAGAAUCAUCCAGGGAUGUCCUAAUUUAUUAGAAGCCAACAGGUACCUGAUUAGAAUACAAGAUGUAACCCAGUUUAGCUGCUGUUCUGAGGAAAUCUGUGUUUCAUUCAGGGUCUAUGAACACAUCCGCAAUCUUAGCCUUUUUCUUUUCAACGAUGCACUUGUUAUUUCAAAACGUAGCAUCUCUUAUAUGCCAUUUGAACGGACCCCAAAAACAACUUACCAGUUCUUGGCAGCAGUAGCUCUUCACAGGCUUGUUGUAGAAGACAUUCCACGUUCAAAAUAUAUCAAGAAUGCAUUUAUUCUACAAGGCCCAAAACGCCAAUGGAUUUGUUCUAUAGAGGAUGAAGAUGAUAAAUUUACAUGGCUGUCUGCACUGCAAAGUGCAAUCAACUGUAGCAUUGAGAAGAAAUGAGAUUCAUCUUAGUGUUUAGGAUGCCCAACUUCUGUAGUAUGUGCUAAUUAUUUGUGAACAGAUAUUUUGUACAGUUUCCUACUCCGAGAAACUUUUGUUCAAAUUCUGCAUCAUUACCAAGAAGUUAGCAGUCCUUUUGCUAGAAUACUAUCAUGUGUGCGCCUCAGACUACAGGAACUUAUGGAAGAAUCACUCGUCAACCUGUAGCUGAAACUGAAAUCACCCAACAAGGACUGCUGUAGAAGGUAUUUAAGCAGCAUAGUAGCAAAAAUAGAUGUUAUGUUUAGAAUUUACUUGAACAAACGGCUCCUUAUUUUUCUCCUAGAAUUACUAUUUCCUCUGGGUCUAUUCUGACAUUUUUAGGAAUCUAAUGUCAAAGAAUUCUUGCAAUUUGUUUUGGUUUCAUAGAAUAGAAUUGUGUUCACUAAAGGUUAAGACAGACAAUGCUUCAAACACUACUUCAAGAACUUCCUUCUCAGUAAAAUGGUAAGAUUUUGUGCUUACUAUUAACAAGCAGAUUAAGACAAAUUCUUCUGCAAGUGUAUUUUGGUGAAGUAUUUUUAGGCGUGUCUACACAGCAAGUUACUGCACAGCAAGCCAAGGUGUGAAUCUACAGUGUUCCAGUUUGCCACUCAGUAAUGUCCAAUAGGGACACUACUACAGUGCUGUGAAAGCUCCAGAGUGCCGCUUAGCUUAUAAAGAAUAGUACGUUAGGCCCCACUCUAGAAGCAGUGACCACACAGGACAUUACUGAGGGGUAAGCUGAUGCCCUAUAGAUCAUACCCUGGCGUGCAACACAGAAACUUGCUAGGUAUAAAAGCCUUUAGUGAAUAAGUCUUAUGUGCAUACAUUAGAGGUGGGAGGAGAAGUGUACCUCAACCUACCAAGGCCCAAAUGAAGAAUAGAAUUUUUGGCAGACUCAAUGAAGGACAAAAAUUAUUCAUGUAGGAAAUGUAAAAAUGCCGUGGAUCCACUCCUUUAGUGUAAAUAAUGUUUUAUAACCUUAAUUUUGUAAUUCUCUAUUCUGGAUGUCAGAUGUAUUUUUCAGUAAUAAGUGAGAAAAAUCUAGUCCAUGUAAGAUGGAAUCGGUGCCUUUGGGAUGAAAAUGAGGGACCCUUAAGAUGGACAAGAAAAAACAUGAAGAAUAAUUUAUUACACUGACAGUCUUUUAAAAGAAGUAUUGCCUUUAAAAAAAGAAAAGCCUUUUCACAUAUUCAGUUUUAUUUUGUAGAUAGACAUGGGAGAGGACAAUGAAUAGCUAUUGAGGGAAAAUAAGCAACCGUUUAAGCACCAGGAAUGGUGAAAGAAAAGAGGCAAAUUAGUAGAGGGAAAAAGAUGGUGGGGGGGAGUGCUAGAGGGAAGAGAAAAAUCGGAUCAAGAAAUUGAUGCUGCUUGUUACAGCAGCCUGCAAUAAGUUUAGUUUUUCCAAACAGUUUGAAGAAAAAUACUGCGUGCAAACAAACGUCUACAAACUAUAUUUGCAUUUAUCCUUCCUUCCCUGUUUAUUCACCAAACUACUCACUCUGCAGCAGCAUCAUAGAUUGCAUCCACACUGUCCCAGGCACUGUACAAAUACAGAAUCUCUGGCCCAAAGAGCUGACAAUCAAUCUAGGAUUAUAACUAGGAUGA